AUGUCACAAAACGUCACGAGAACCUAUUAUGAUUGUCGCAACAAAGAGAGCUUCUCAGCAACUUAUGAAAGAGCAACCAAGAACGGUACCGAAGGUUGGGGAAGGUCUUGGCAAACUCCCAACUUCGGAAUGGCUUGUGCGGAACAAGAAAUAAAGACUUUGUGGGAGCCGGAUCCAGCUGAACCCUUAGUUCCUGCUGAUAUCACAAACAUGACCCAGUGUACUAUUCACACAGACGGGUCGGUCACUUGGGUGGAUCAUAUCGCAUUGCCCGACGGUACUUUCCUCCCUACCAAGACCUGCCACUCGGUGAUUUCCAGGGGCGCUGAAAGACAUAAUGGUGUCGACGAAGCUGGAGCCUCAAUGAACAGAUACAAUCACGAUGUAUGUGAUAGUGUGAUUAUGUAG